ACGUAACACUGAUUUCCAUACAAAACAGCCGGAACCCUCGUCGCUGGUUGGCUCAUUCCGCUGAACUUUGCAUGAUUCCGACCCCCCUCAAGUUCCAUCUUCCCCCGGCAGAGCUUCACCUCUUCUUCCCUUCCUCGCCUUCCGCUCCAUUCUCCAUCAACCCCAUCUCGCACCCUUUACUGCAUCCAUCGAACCUCCACUCCAUCCUCCAUCGAAGCACCCCCGAAUUCAUUUGAUUUAUCAAGAUAACAUUCUUCCUCAGCAGUCUGCCUCAUCUUUCGACAGAUGCUCAGCUAGGACUCGGUCCCUCUGAAGCCCUUCUGCUCCAGGCUUCCGUUUUAUCGUCAGCCUUGUCCUUCUCUCAAAGAUAUUUCAGCUUUGUUAGGAAUCUUGAUAUCAGUCUUGAAUCAUGAAUAGAUCAGUGGGGCCCGACACCCUCAUCGCCAUCAAGGCCAACUACGAAGGUACCAAUCGACGCUUUAAGCUUCCCUUGAAGGACCUCGAAGCCUACACAUUUCCCCGAAAGAUCCGAGAAGUCCUUUCACUUUCCGUCGAUUCUAACAUCGUCAUCGAGCGCUAUUCAGACAGUGCUGCGAGAUGGGUGACUCUGAAUAGCAGUGAUACCGCUAUCUACAAGCAACUCUACCGGGCUGCCAAAGCCAAAACCAAGCUCAGGAUAAAGAUUACCGAAAGCAAACAAAAGCCCGAAUGUGUGUCAGAGCCAGAAUUACAACCAGCGCACGCCAACGAGAGUACGAUCUCUUCAACAGUUCACUCUGCUCGCGGCAGCUACCUGAACACUGUUCUGAAUGAUCCCCUGCCGAUCACAGACAGUGAUCAUGGCGCCUCAUUCAAGGAACGUAACCAUACCCCGGCGACUAAAGCUGCAGAAGAUAUUGAAAAGCCAACACGUGAACCAGAGGAUGCAUGGAAAACGGAUAGGGAAGGCAGGCUACACUUCAAUAACAGGACUAACGUCGCCGCGACCUUUUAUAUUGACUGUAACCACUGUGGAAACUCUAUCCCCAAUGCUCAUUGGCACUGCAGUAUUUGCGAAGAUGGUGACUAUGACCUGUGCCAACGCUGUAUUGACUCCGGACUUCUCUGUCCGGGUGAGGAUCACUGGCUCAUUAAGCGCUCUGUGAUUGAUGGAUUGGUCGUGAAUAGCACUACAGAGACCAUUGCCCCCAAAUCCCAAGAACAGGUGACAAAAGAAUUCGCCGAAGAGGUCGAGGAACCUGGGCUCGCGACUGUCGAGGAGGAAGCUGAACUCGAAGCUCCCGAUGCCCCCGAACCGGAACCCACGGUUGAGAUGCGUACAUGCAAUUCUUGCUUCCAAGACUUCGAGGAAGCGCAGCUCGUGACCUGCUUUGACUGCCAUGACUAUGAUCUUUGUUUCAGCUGCAUCAUCAACGAUGUCCAUGGCCACCAUCCUGGUCACUCUUUCUUCUUUACUCACGACGUUGGGACCUCAAGCGUCAAGGAUACUGUUGGACACCUCUGUGACCCAGGUCGUGGAGUACGCCACAUGGCCCUGUGCGAUGGGUGCGAUAAGCGAAUCCGUGGUGUACGCCACAAGUGUCUUGACUGCCCUGACUUCGACUUUUGUGGCGAAUGUGUCCAUGCUGCUCCGGCGACCCACCCAGGUCACCGGUUUGUUCCGCUCUAUGAGCCGAUUCCAGCUGCAAUUGACUCGUAUGAAGUCCACCACGGCGUCUAUUGUGACGGCCCACUCUGCCAAGGGAAAGGAGACAAUCUAUAUAUCACUGGCGACCGCUACAAAUGUGCCAUUUGCCAUGACACCGAUUUCUGCUCUCGCUGCGAGGCCCACCCUGACAAUACUCACAACCGCACUCACCCCCUACUAAAGUUCAAAACAGCUGUUCGCCAUGUCUCCAUCAGUACUAUGGGUGAGAACGACAGAGGGCAGCCGUUGCAGAGAAUGGGUGACCGCCCUAAUACGAAGACUUCGUUCACCGAACCUAUGGCCGUGGGUGUUUCUCACGCUGCAACCCAAGUACAAAAGACCAGUGACCUUCCUGCACCACGUCCACCAUCACCGCCCCUCCCUACCUUGAAGGGAGAGAAGGUGUCUUCUCCGGGCGACUUAGCUUCGUCAGGACAAUUGCAAGCACAGUUCAUGCGAGAUACUUAUCCGGAUGGAUUUGAAUUACCUCGUGACACCGUUUUUACUAAAACCUGGACCCUCCAGAACAGCGGCGCAGCUCCAUGGCCCCAGGGCUGCAGUGUUCGAUUUGCUGGUGGUGAUACAAUGUUCAACAUUGAUUCUGAUCACCCAACUAGUACGAGCGAGCUUAUUUCGGCAAUGGAAAGCAAUAAAAUUACCAAACCGGUUGCUCCGGGCGAUUCUGCUGAUUUCAGGUUGACUUUGAAGACUCCUCUCCGCGAGGGUCGAGCUAUUUCAUACUGGCGUCUUAAAACUCCCGAUGGAGCUCCUUUCGGUGAUCGAUUAUGGUGUGAUGUCGCUGUUGUGAGCGGAAGCAAAUACAUUACUAUUGAAGAGUCCGACAAGCCAGAGAAUGGAUCGGGUACGGAGUCAGCUCAUUGUGAAGAUGCGACGGGCUUUGAAGACAAGGCUGAGGAACCCCUUGCAGCCAGUGACAUGGUGUUCCCGAAGCUGGAGCGGGAGUCUCCUGAGAUGAGCAUCAGUGAUACAAAGACGACGUCAUCGGCGACAUGCUGGGAUGGCAGGGAGGACGAGCAUGACCUUGCCGACGAUGUUGAAAGCUUGACUAUGGACGAUGCAGACACUGACGGCUUCCUUACCGAUGAAGAGUACGAUAUCCUGGAUGCCAGCGACCAAGAGUUCCCCGUUGGAACCCAAAAGCAUGAACAGAAAUAAGCUCGAGGUCUUGAAUUGCUGUGCUUAAAUGGUAUGUAAUCCAUAACAUAACUGGUCCAUACAACCUUCGAGUUUCAUAUCUUCCAGAAUGACAACACAAAUCUAUGCCUCCGCAUAUGUUAUUAUCCUAUCUAUCCUUUUUCCUUCAUUCUUUGUGAGUUUUGUUCUGAGGGAGUUCGAUGGGAAAACCAUGACUUAUUGUGUCUUACAACCGAGGCUUUGUUCCUUUUUUAAACUACCUGCUCCUCCUCCACUCUACAGCGACCGGGCCUUGGGGGUGGAUAAAUGACUUGUGAGGGAGUUGGAAAUUAAAUUUUCACCCAACACCGGCGUGCUUUUUGGCUGUUUUAUCUAUUAUUUUCACCCUCUUGCAAUACUCCGGCCUUGAGAAUUACGUUCUUUCCACUCCGUUUACGACGACGAUGAUGUCUACAUCGGGGGAUCUGAUAUCUCGAGAGUUGUCUGAGAGAAGUCUGUUUAGUGGGACUGGGUAUAAUUGUUGCUAUCUGUCUUUUUAAGUAUCUCGGUAUUGCCGUCACUGUAUGGAGUAAUGCCAUCGUGUUCUUUUCUGUAUAAAUAACAUGAAAUGCGCCUCUGCAGCCGGCAGCUUUG